ACGAACAACAAGGCUUGAAGAUUCUCAUUUCUCUCAGCACGUUUGAGUUUGUUUGUUUUUUCGGAGAUGAUGCCUCACCGUCCGGUAUUUUGACUGAAAGUUUACAGCACCUGUAUGAGGCAUAACACAGGUUUGUGCAAUGGACCGCAACAGAAAAAUUGACAAUUUUCCGCACUGUUCCCUGCUGCUCCUUUCCUUUUUUGAGCAAAAAGGCUGCCAAAAUAGUGAGCUUAAAAGAGAACUUGAUGAUUUGGAUCUUUCCGAUCACAAUUAUAUUGAAAGUGAUGGCGAUUUACAAACCGAUGGACAUAGUUCCUCAGUCACCUACAGAGAUCUUUUACAUGAACUUCAGAAUCAAGUUCAGCCUCAACUGCCAGUUGAUGCUGAACAGGCUCAGGCAGCAAGGGAAAUGGCUGCAGAGCUGAUCAGAAUUGCAGACCUUCUUGAGCAGAGAGUCCUGUUCCAAGCCGCUGAAACUUUGACCAAGAAACUGGACAGUUGUGACACUCAGUUAUGGUCCAGACAUCUAUCUGAUGGAGUGCAGGGCUUACUUCACCAGGUGGCCGGAGCCAAAGAGUUUAAGAAGGAACUUGUCGAGAUGGCCUUGACUUUUGUGCUCAUGAAGACUGUGUGUGAGCGUGUGCCCUGCUUUUUGUUCAGACUUUAUGGCACUGUGGUGCAGUAUUUCGGACCUCGCUGAUCCCUGAUGAGAUCUGUGUACCAGUUAUAAAUUUGUAAGAGAUAUGUGAAUAUGUUUGUAA